AUGACAAGUAGACCAGCAUUAAGAGGGACAAAGUCCAACUUCAAUUUGAAUGCCAAUGUAUCAUCGAUUACGGAUGAGGGCGUGGUCAAUUUCUUAAAGACAGAGUUCAACGUGCGCAGAUGGAUAGAGGAGUCGUUGCAAAUACGUUUCAGAGGUGACUUCUACGAACAGUUGCGCAAUGGUAUAGCCCUAUGCCAUCUUGCCAACUCAAUAUCACAUGAUGCCGUGCCAAAGAUACAGGAGAACACAAAGAUUGAGUUCAAACUGUUGGAGAAUCUUAACUUCUUUUUGGCAGCAUUGACAGAGGAGUUUGGAAUACCAAGACAUAAGAUGUUUCAGGUAUCAGACUUGUAUGAGUAUGGUAACAAGGUGAGAGUGGUUGAGUGUCUGUUGGCAUUGUCACAGGUGGCUGAAGCCCGUGGCUAUCCCACAGUCUAUAAGACCAUUGAUCCACCCAAGACUGCCAUCACCAUGCCUCGUGGCGAGGCACUCACCGAGCUCAAGUACUAUCUGGCGCAGAUCAAAGAGGCCAAGACGGUCAAGGUUGCUCGCAAAGGUGCUGUCAUUUUGAAGACUCAGAUGGCUCUGCUAUCUGGCAAGAAUGUCGAUUUUGCCAAGUGCGAGAAAGGAUUCAUUGCAUUCCAAUCACUAUGGAGAGGAUUCAAAGCAAGAGAACUCCUGAAGAAGAGAAAGCGUGACUGUGCAUACAGAGACAAGAUCACACAUGAGAUAUACAAGACCGAGAUAGACUAUGUCGCCAACCUGGAAAUAUGUAUAAAUGAAUAUAUGAAACCAUUGACAGAUAAGGAGUUGUUGACCAAGGAACAGACAAAGGUGAUCUUCUCAGAUAUACAUGUGAUUCGCGACUUUGGCCAGAAGCUGAUCAAUCAAUUGAAGCCACGCGUUGAGAACUGGAACCAUCAUCAGAAGUUGGGCGACAUCUUCUUUGGCAUCUCAGAGUCGUUCAGGGUGUACACUGGCUACAUCCAGAACUACAACAACGCAUUGGAGAUGCUGGAGGAGGUCAAGAAGAAGGAGAAGGUGGGCACCACCCUGGCAGAGAUGCGCGCAUCGCCCGCCUGCAAGACAUUCGACGUAACAUACUUCCUCAUCAUGCCAGUGCAACGUGUGCCUCGCUACAGCCUACUGCUGUCCGAUCUGGUCAAGCACACGUGGACCGAUCACCCAGACUACAAGACCCUGGUGGACGCCACCGAGCGAAUGAAGGCUGUUGCCACCUUCCUGAACGAGAAGAAGCGUGAAGGCGAGAACACCAAGAAGUUCAUCGAGAUCAUGUCAUCACUUGAGAAGGCUCCUCCACUCUUUGAGCGCACGAGGAAGUUCAUCAAGGAGGGAGUGUUCACUACUCCCAAGAAGGAGGAGGUGAGCAUCUUCUUGUUCACAGACAUCCUGGUAUAUGGCCGACCAAUGCACAGGAUGAAGAUACCAAUUGGCGCCAGUCCCACUGGCCCCCUAAAGGUCAAGUACAAGGGACAGAUGGAGCUGGCCAACACGACAGUGGGCGAGACACUGUCCGUGCCACUGCAGCUCACGUUGCACUCCACCGACAAUGAGGUAGCAUUCAUUGUAAACAGUGAGAAGGAGCGCCUCGAGUGGUACAACACGCUGAAUAAUGCGAUCAAGGAGGCAAGGGACAAGGCAGUGGAUCAAUCACCCUGUCAGCGAGGAUGCAGCAUCAGCGGUAGCUGCCGCGCCACAGCUGGACACGUCAAUCGAACAGCAGCUGUCUGA